AUGUAUUAUACUAAUUCAAAUGGUUUGUAUUCGGAGUUCGAUAAUAACGAGAAGAGGUCAAAACUACUAACUAUUGCAAACUUGUACUAUGCUACUGUUUUCUUGGUAUUUGCGAUCCUUAUGUAUGUUUUCAAGUAUAAUGGUUAUGCCUGGAUCGGUAAGAUCAUAUAUUCUCAAUAUAAGGACAAUAAUAGCGCGAUUGGUGAUCAAUUGGUAGGUAGAACAGGCCUUGCUCUUGCUUUGUGGUUCCUAAUUUUAGGAAUGUGUACGCUUUUGAAUCCUAAUAUGCGAGACUCAUAUCAAUUUAAGAUCCAUACUCGAUACUACAUCAUCAAAACAUUGAUUCUUUUUGGAAUUUUUGCCGGAUUUUUAUUUUUGCCCGAUGAAAUCAUCAGUUUCUACCUUCGAAUGUCCAUGUACACAACGUUUUUGUACCUUAUCUUCCAAAUGUUCUUCCUAAUGGACUUCUUCCAUAACCUGAAUGAGAAAUACACACAAAAAGAAAACCAAAUCAUUCCAUUUGCUCCAAAAAGCUGCAAAGUGAACCAAGCAUUACUUUCCACGAAUUUUGUCAUUGCCAUUCUAUUUUUGAUCAUUUCUGCUGUUUCAGAGCACCAUUCUGCAUUUACUGCUGCACUAGUUGGUGGCUACAUAAUGUAUCUCACUGUUAUGGGUUUCUAUCGUGAAGAUACACAAUGUAAUCGUCUGCAAAAGAGUACUAAUUCUCUUGUUUUUACAAUAAUUUCUUCUUUGAUGAUGAUUUUCUAUAAUGUUUAUUCUGCUUUCACAGCAACAUUUAAAUUUCAUCUUUUUGAUGAUGAAGAAUUCAAAUGCUGUGAUCAUGAAAUAUGUCAAUAG